AUGGCGAACGAGUAUAUAUCGCAGAAGGUCCUGAUGUAUGAGCCCACCGAGGAGGAAAUUAAAUUCUACCACAAAAAUCAGCACAAAAGCUUAAGGUUCAUUUUCUGUGGCAAAGAAUUGGACGAGUUCGAAAAGGGGAAAAUACAGGAGCUAAAGGAUUAUGUGAAUAAUUUAAAAAAAAAAGGGAAGGAUAGAGAAGGGGGAGAAACCUACGAGGCAGAAUUCAAGGAUACCAUUUUUGAAGAUGAUAAUUAUGUGCUCCGAUUCCUGCAAGGGAACGAAUUCCACUUUGAAAAAUGCUACUACGACAUGCAUAGGCACCUGGAGUGGCGAAAUGAGAACCUGCCUGUGAAGUACGACGAUAUGAAGGAUAUGUUGGAAAAGGGAUACAUCUACGUGCACGGGCGGGAUAAACAAAUGCACCCCAUAAUUGUUAUUAACUGCAAAACCUUUAUUUCUACGAAUCCGAAGGACGUUUUGAAGGUGGCCUACUACUGGAUGGAAUUCAUCAUAUCGAAUCUAUUCAUCGAAGGAAAAAUAGAGCAGUGGAGAGUCAUAAUUGACUUGUCUUCAUGUGGCGUGAUGAACAUCCCCAUCGGGACGUUAAGGGACAUUUCGAAAUGCCUGAGUUGUAAUUACAGAUCUAGGCUAGCCAAGAUGUUAGUCUUGAGCGCUCCUCUUUUUGUGACGGGCAUCUGGCACAUGAUGAAGUCAAUCAUCCCGGUCGUAACACAGCAGAAGAUAACAAUAUCGUCAUCGGAGGUUGAAAAGAAGCUCCUGGAGCAAGUGGACCUUGACCAAUUAGAGAGUAAUUCGACGGAGACACAUUUUGAAAAUGAGAUGAAUCUUUUUUUGUCCGACGCAUCGCGGGGGGGGCUGAAAAAAAUUCGGAGGAACCUGCGAAAAUGUAACCGUCUUCACUGA